AUGUGGGCAUACGGACUGCUACUGAGGCGGGGGAAACCGACGCCCCCGGCGGGGGAAACCGACGCCCCCGGCGGGGGAAACCGACGCCCCCGGCGGGGGAAACCGACGCCCCCGGCGGGGGAAACCGACGCCCCCGGCGGGGGAAACCGACGCCCCCGGCGGGGGAAACCGACGCCCCCGGCGGGGGAAACCGACGCCCCCGGCGGGGGAAACCGACGCCCCCGGCGGGGGAAACCGACGCCCCCGGCGGGGGAAACCGACGCCCCCGGCGGGGGAAACCGACGCCCCCGGCGGGGGAAACCGACGCCCCCGGCGGGGGAAACCGACGCCCCCGGCGGGGGAAACCGACGCCCCCGGCGGGGGAAACCGACGCCCCCGGCGGGGGAAACCGACGCCCCCGGCGGGGGAAACCGACGCCCCCGGCGGGGGGGACCGACGCCCCCGCUGCCAUAUACAGCCACUGUCACAGAGAAGGACAAAGGUGCCCACAAAAAGCAAGGCAACAUUGGUGUUUGGAGGCUGGUGUAA